ACGACAAGAGGGCGGGCCGGAGGAAGAUUGCCAGGCUCUGGCGGGUUGGGCCCCGGGUUUCCCGCGGUUCAAAAUUACUGCUUGCCAGUGUGGGUGUGGGAGGAGUGUUUCUUAAAGCGCCAGCCUCCGAGCGUCCUUUUGUUCCGCGACUGCUGGGCGGAGUGGCUUCAACUUUCACCGUCUUCUUGUCUGCCCUCCAGAACGGCCAUGAUUUCCCAGUUCUUCAUUCUGUCCUCCAAGGGGGACCCGCUCAUCUACAAAGACUUUCGCGGGGACAGUGGUGGUCGUGAUGUGGCCGAGCUCUUUUACCGGAAGCUGACGGGACUGCCUGGAGGCGAGUCCCCGGUUGUCAUGUAUCAUGACGAUCGUCAUUUCAUUCACAUCAGACACAGUGGUCUCUAUUUGGUGGCCACAACCUCCGAAAACGUCUCUCCUUUCUGUCUCCUGGAGCUGCUUUCCCGGUUAGCCACUCUCCUGGGGGACUACUGUGGCUCACUCAGUGAGGGAACCAUCUCACGGAAUGUGGCUCUUGUCUACGAACUCCUGGAUGAAGUGCUGGAUUAUGGCUAUGUGCAGACUACAUCCACGGAAAUGCUGAGGAAUUUUAUCCAAACUGAAGCUGUGGUCAGCAAGCCCUUCAGUCUCUUUGACCUCAGCAGCGUCGGAUUGUUUGGGGCAGAGACACAGCAGAACAGAGUGGCCCCAAGCAGUGCUGCCAGUCGUCCAGUCCUGUCCAGUCGCUCUGACCAGAGCCAGAAGAAUGAAGUGUUUUUAGAUGUGGUCGAGAGGCUGUCUGUAUUGAUUGCAUCUAAUGGCUCAUUGUUGAAGGUGGAUGUUCAAGGAGAGAUACGGCUCAAGAGCUUCCUUCCGAGCGGUUCUGAGAUGUACAUUGGCUUGACAGAAGAAUUUUGUGUGGGAAAGUCAGAACUGAGAGGUUAUGGGCCAGGAAUUCGAGUUGAUGAGGUGUCAUUCCAUAGCUCUGUCAAUCUAGAUGAGUUUGAGUCUCAUCGGAUCCUCCGCCUGCAGCCACCUCAGGGCGAGCUGACUGUGAUGAGAUACCAGCUCUCUGAUGACCUCCCCUCACCACUCCCCUUCCGGCUCUUUCCCUCUGUACAGUGGGACCGAGGCUCAGGCCGGCUCCAGAUUUACCUGAAGUUACGGUGUGACCUACCCCCAAAGAGCCAAGCUCUCAACAUUCAUCUGCACCUUCCCCUGCCUCGGGGGGUAGUCAGCCUGUCUCAGGAAUUGAGCAGCCCAGAUCAAAAGGCAGAACUGGGAGAAGGAGCUCUCCACUGGGACCUGCCCCGGGUACAAGGAGGCUCUCAACUCUCAGGCCUGUUCCAGAUGGAUGUCCCUGGCUCACAGGGGCCUCCCAGCCAUGGGCCUUCUCCCUCGGCAGCCCCCUUGGGGCUGGGUCCUGCCAGCCUCUCCUUUGAACUCCCUCGGCACACAUGCUCUGGCCUCCAGGUUCGCUUCCUUAGGCUGUCCUUUAGCACCUGUGGUAGUGCCAACCCUCACAAGUGGGUACGACACCUGAGCCACAGCAAUGCCUACGUAAUUCGUAUUUGAAGCUCCCCAAACAAGGAUAUGGACAGCAAAGUCAGCAGCGGGCAGUUGAACAGGAAGAGGACAUUUGCUUUCUUGUGUUUUUGGAUCUGGAGAGAAGAAUCCCAAGACCAGGAAGGUUCCACGGACUCACCCUUUCUGUUGUAUGUGACGCACAGAGGCUCACAAAC